GAGUUUGUCCGUGUCUGGGUCCAAGAUCCACAGUUCCACAAAGAUGACUUCUGGCACACGCACAUCGACUACGAGAUCUGUUUACAUGUGAGUACUGUAUUUGCAUGGCACGCUCCGCUUGAUUAGCGUCAUCUUAUCAUCAUUAAACAAUAACAUUUAUCUUCUGCUUCUGAUAUAAUGAGGAUUCUGAGGAGACUUACUGGCAACCUCUACCUUCCUGUCUGUUCUUCCUGCUUCCUGUGUGUAGACCAAUAGCAUGUGUUUUAGGAAGAAGACGUCCUGUGUGCGUAGGCGGUACAGUGAGUUUGUUUGGCUCCGCCAGCGUCUGCAGGACAACGCUAUGCUCAUGUACGUAUAACCCUGGGAUACUUCACUGAUGGCCCUCUUAACUGCAUAAUGUGUUCACUCCUGAAGCAAUGAUGCGGACACAGGGUAUGCACUUGCCCAUUUGUAUACUUAUCAGGGGUUGACUAUUCACAUUGUAUGAAGUCCAAAUGUAUGACUAGAGUUAUACAUUUUUUUUAAAAUAAUGUUUUGUGUAUCCAAAUAAGGUGUUACAAAUGUGUUGUCCCUUUCCAGAGAGUUGCCCAAACUACCUCCCUGGAACCCGUUCUUCAGUCUGAACAACCCCACUCAGGUCAACCAGCGGAUGAAGGGGCUGCAGGAGUUUCUAGAGAUGUGAGUCCUCAUCUAUUCCUCUCCUGUUCCCUUCUCACCCUCAGCCUUAUGAAUGACCACCCGUUUGUGCAUGUUCAAAAGGCUUGACGGGAUGAGCUAGAAUCUAGAUAUAGCCCAUUGUUGGGUCUGAUGCAACCAAUGUCAGUUUGCCAGAUGUUUUCCUACCUCUAGUCGUCAGGUCAAGCAGUCCAUAUCAAUCUGUGGUGUAGAUCCCCUUGUGCGCAUUAGGAAAAAUUUGCUGGCGCAGGCCUCAAUCCCAAAUGAAUGGCAAUCUAAUUCCAUCUAAUUAAUUCCGUUUUUUUCCUCCUGUAUUUUGACAUUUGUUUCGGAAACCCUCUGCUUGCCCUGUAUAAGAAGUUAUACCCAUGGUUUUAUGGCACCAAACGCCAUCUUGUGGCUACUUCAUUAAUUUCCUCCACUCCACACUUGUAAUGCGUUGAAACAGAAAACAUUGCUUACUGAUGACCAGGAGUGAAAGUAAGCCGGACGUAUGACGUCCCGGCAAUAUAUGAGCCUAUCACAAUAAUUAAAACAAGAUGUCAAAAAAAACUGUAUGCUUUUAUAACAUUACCCACUGGGCACAAACGUCAGUUCAACGUCUUCCACGUUGGUUCAACGAAAUGUCAUUGAAAUGACGUGACGCCACGUUGAUUCAACCUGUGGGUAUUUAUCAUGUCAGCCGUAGAGCUGGAACGAUAAACUGAAAAUGAUCGACACUGACCAUACGGAUCACUUAUUGCUGAUAUCCUUCAUUACGAUAAGUAGCCUAUACUAGAGAAAUGUUAAGUUUGAAAUGAAAAAGGUUUUCUAAUAUGGGUUAAUGGGACAAAUGGGACAAUUGAUGGCUACAACCAUCAAAGUAGAAGUUAAAAUUAUAAUAAAAAUGUAUGUUAAACUUAUCGUUCUGUUGAUCGUUAUUGCAUAAAUUCAGGCAAUUUAUCGCAUAAUGGUAUUUGUCCAUAUUGCCACGCUCUGGUCAGCCGCAUGAAAAAUGUACUUGAAAACGGGUGGUGUGCUCUAAAAUGCGUUGUGGUAGAACACUGACGUUUUUCCAAGGCAGAGAUGACUGAUGUGCGCAGACCGCAGUAGGCUCAUCAGUUCAGGCUAAAAGUGUAGGCUUAAUGACAAUCAGCAACUGUCAUUACACUUUUUGGUGUUUUGAAGAGGUUUCUUUCCAUUCAUCAAAUGGCGGGUGCACGUAGCACUGUUUGGCUGCUGGGAUUCAUUUGUGAGUGGACAAACCUGCGCGGGUAGCCUGUUUGACAAUCAGAUGAAAACAUCAUGACUGGUGUUUAUGCCACAUUUUAAAAGGUAAUACAUUUAAAUUACAAAUAUUUACUACUAGGCCUACAGAGAUCCUAUUAAAUUAAUAGGGAUUCUAUUAUGUAUUUCUAUACAAAUGUUUUGUGCACACGCUCACACAUAGGAGGUUCCAUACCGGGAAGAAAUGAAAUCCACUUUCACCUGCUGAGACUACAAUCUCCUUCUCUCUUCAUUUCUCCUGUUGUAGUGCUUUGACAUAGGGUACCAGAGCGCUCAGAAUAAAAAUUCAUUCAACCUCCUACCACACACUGUUAUAAUGUCUGUAACAUUGAGUACUGAUUACUUCAAACUGAAAAUAAGACUUCUAUGGUGUUCUUGAUAGUUGUAUGUAUCUACUGCUAGUUUUUUGGCUGGCGUUCUUAAUGAUUCAUUUCAUUCAUUGGGUAAAUCUUUAUCUUCUCAUCAUCAGUGUCCUCCAGGACCCUCUGCUGCUGUCUGACAGUAGAGUGCACCUGUUCCUCCAAUCCCAGCUGAGCAUGACCAAGAUGGAGGCGUGUGUCUCGGGCCAGACACGCUACACAGUGGGCCAGGCCAUCCAAAUGUGUAGUGACUGUCACCGUACACGCUUCCCCAUAGAGAAGAGCAGCAAGGUGUACUGCGACUCGGACUGCGAAAGGUAAGCGUACGGAUUGAGCGAUUUUGGUUUUUGCAAUGUCAUCCGUUGAUUGACUCACAACUAAAAAUGCACAAUAAUGCACAUAAAGUUGAUCAACAGAACUGUCGAUGGAGAAACGAUGCAAGCCAAAAUGGGCACAUUACCUUUUACUGAUUGAGUGCUCUCAUACUCUCCUCUCUGCCUCUCCAGCACCACGUCAUCAGGUCUGGGCCACAGCCACGACUCAGGGGUCCCCCACAGCCCCAGCCCCCUACCCUGUGACCGCAGCACUUGUGAAGACUGUGACGGAAACCUAACCAUCAGGGAUGGAGGAUUUUUCAGCGGUCUGUCAGAGUCCUCGUGACCAGGAACACAUAGAGCCCUGACAUACACAUACACGCACAAAAGGGCUGUUUCUUGGACAAAUAUUCAGCCAAGUCCUGCACUAAAAAUCAUGCUAAAUGAUUGAAAGUGCUUUUCAGUCCAGGAAUAGGCAUAAUCUUUUUCCUGGAAGCCGCCCCAAAGACUGUUUGCUGCUGUUCGAGGUGCACCUCUCAAACCUCUGAAGAUGAGUAGAAAGGCCUUUUUUUACGUGGUUCUCUGUUCGCAUUCUCUCUGCGUCCCCUAUCGGUCUUUUAACAUGUCUGAGCUAUAUAUUUUCUUAAAGGAUAUAUGUUAUUAUAUUGAUGCACCCACUAUUGUGGACUGACAAGUGUUGCUAGUGUGGUGUCGAGAAAACGUUGCUGAGAUGCUGUGAGAACAAGAAUUCCGCUGACACUGAUAUAAAUAAACCUUUAUAAUCAAAGGACAAAGUGUUACAGCUUCAAUUUACAGACAUCUGCAGAAUAUCUGGAGAACAACAACCCCAAUCUGUAAUAUGUUGUUCUGUCCUCCUUUGUUUUAACCAAGUAUUUAUAUCCUAUGCCCUAUGUAACAUAAUAUGGGUGUUUUCCCUACCGACCAAUCCCAGGAGGCCACCUAACAGACUUCCUCGGCUUUAGGGUGCCCCUAUAGAACUACUCCCCAGAUGCUCCCUUUAAGCUGAGUCAACAUCCUCUAAAACCAUUUGAAACCAUUAGCAAAGUCAUACAUUCCUCAGAUACCACACUAGUGAACGAGUCUCUUCUCCAAAACGGAAAGUUGUCUUAAUGCAAUAUCUUAGUCUUAAUCUCUAACUUGUGCCUUACAGUUAAAAAUAAUAAUGAUUUAUCAGUUAACCUGCAAUGGUACUGGGAAAUAUUCUUAAAUGAUAAAUUAUACUUUAUUUUUUAUUUGCACUAUUAAACUGUUCUAAGGAGUGUUGUAUGUGUUGCACUUUUUAAAAAAAAGAUUUAUAAAAUACUUUUAAAUGGAGUAUUCCAAGUAUCAAUAAAUAUUGUUUUUUGAAGAACUAACUUGAUGGUUGAUUGACUUUGUGGCUGGUGUCAUCGUCUGUGCCCGUUGUGAAAUUCUGGAAUAUUCAGCAAGUCUUUUUGGUUGAAAUGUGCUUUGGUUUCUUGUCUCUUCUGCCAACAAAUAAUGUCUUAUUUUCGUUAUGUUAAAGGUUAUCCAUGGGCUUUCCUUCAAUGUUAAGUUCCGUACAUACACUACAUGACCAAAAGUAUGUGGACACCUGCUCGUCGAACAUCUCAUUCCAAAAUCAUGGGCAUUAAUAUGGAUUUGGUCCCCCCCUUUUGCUGCUUUAACAGCCUCCACUCUUCUGGGAAGGCUUUCUGCUAGAUGUUGGAACAUUGCUGCGGGAACUUGCUUACAUUUAGCCACGAGCAUUAGUGAGGUUGGGCACUGAUGUUGGGCGAUUAGGCCUGGCUUGCAGUCUGCGUUCCAAUUUAUCCCAAAAGUGUUCGAUGGGGUUGAGGUCAGGGCUCUGUGCAGGCCAGUCAAUUUCUUCCACACAGAUCGACAAACCAUUUCUGUAUGGACCUCGUUUUGUGCACGGGAGCACAAACGGUUGCAUGUCAUUGUAUGCUGUAGUGUUAAGAAUUCCCUUCACUGGAACUAAUGGGCCUAGUCCCAAACCAUGAAAAACAGCCCCAGACCAUUAUUCCUCCUCCACCAAACAUUACACUUGGCAGUAUGCGUUGGGGCAGAUGGUGUUCGACAGACGAUUUUUACGCACUUCAGCACUUGCGAUCCAGUUCUGUGAGCUUGUGUGGCCUACCACUCCUCGACCCAAUCCUGUCUCGGAGCUCUACGGACAAUUCCUUCAACCUCAAGGCUUGGUUUUUGCUCUGACAUGCACGAUCAACUGUGGGACCUUUUUAUAUAGACAGGUGUGUGCCUCAAUUGAAUUUACCACAGGUGGACUCCAAGUUAUAGAAACAUCUCAAGGAUGAUCAAUGGAAACAGGAUGCAGCUGAGGUCAAUUUCGAGUCUCAUAGCAAAGGGUCUGAAUACUUAUGUACGUGUUAUGAGUAGUGAUUAAGGCAGCCCCCCGCACCUCUCUGAUUCAGAGGCGUUGGGUUAAAUGCGGAAGACACAUUUCAGUUGGAUGCAUUCAGUUGUACAACUGACUAGGUAUCCCCCUACCCUUUCCCUUAUAAAUAAUUUAGUUGGGUUUUGGAUGCCACACUAGAUGUACUGUGGUAUCAGCCCAGUAGAGGGUGUUUUAACAUCUAAAAUGAGCUUCAUAGGAGAUAAAACCAGUUCAGUGUAUUCAUCCCCUUCACAUCUUCACAAUGUGUCUGAUUUUGUAAAUGGUGAAGUCAAAAGAAUCCUGAAACUAUGGUGUAUAGAUGUAGGUUUUCUGGGUCAGUGGUACCAUGGUGUUGACUGGUUCUGGGGUACGUUGUGUUGUGGGUUUGAAUCCCGGGUCCGCCGUGGUAGGGAUGGAUGGACAGUGUUCUAUAGUACAUCUCCUUGCCAACCUUUGUCCUCUAGCUCUAUCUGGUUCUAUCUCACACAUGCUGCGUAGAGAUCAAAUCAAAAUCUAAUUGUAUUUGUCACAUGCGCUGAGUACGAGUAUAGACUUUAAUGUGAAUGCUUGCUAAUGAGCCGUUACCAACGAUGCAGAGUUAAAUAAUAAUACAAUAAACACUAACAGGAGGAAUAAAAUACACAAGAUAAUAGUAUGAACUUUCUGUACAGCAAAAGUCAAGAUCAUCAUGAAAGAAGUCACUAAAUAGCAAAUUAAUAAUAAAUAGCAAAGUUGAGUUGGAACUCGUAAGAUGUAGUCCUUCUCCGUUGGCACCAUCUUUCAUGUCUUGAGCUCCGUGAGUAUUUAUCCCCUGACAGGAGAAGGGGGCAGCAUAUGGUGGUUGGAUGUACCAGAGGGGUUGUCUUCUUUUCUUAUGGAAGGUGUGUUUGUUUUCUCCCUGGGUGUGUGUGUGUGGUCUCCCUGGGUGUAUGUCUGGCAGAGCGCAGGCUGUGCUGUGAUUGGGGUGUGCUGACAGGAUGUGUUUCAUGGCUGCUGGCUAAUGUCACUUUCCCUCUCACAAAGACAGGCCAGCAGACUGAACACACCUACCUGUGUGUGUGUGUGUGUGUUCUUUCUGCUGUACUAGAGCUGGGGGGGGCGUGUUUGAGUGAGUAUCUAUUUGGGGAGUGUAGGAAUAUCAGACAGCACAUACAUUGAAAGUGGGGGAAACAGGUGAAAGCUCAUUAAAUAAGACUGCAUCUGUCGCCCCCCCCUUCUGUCCCAUGUCCUGACAACGCUGCCCACUUUAACCAAAAAUCUGGCCAGCCCCCCCAGCCCGUAUCGGUCUCCUCUCUCUUGGUCCCUCAAGCCUAUAGUCUAUAA